CAAACUUUCAAGCAGCACUGUAUAUGUAAAUUAUAUAUAUGUAAGUAUAAAUAACAUUAAAAGAUCAGAAAUUGAUGUCAGAGAAAUGUAUUAGCAACAAAAUGUCCAUUGCAUUGGGUAAAUGCAGUAUUAAGGUUUCCUCUUGUACAGUUUAAAUUGAAUGUGUUGGGUGGGCCAUGUAAGCCCUUCAUAAACCAGAUUAGGGGUUUAAUCUUUAAAUCUAAAGGUCCGCCUACGCUUCCACCUCCUUCUACUCCCCCUACAGCCUAUAUCACACACUUUACUGCAUUAAUAAUUUCUGGAAUAACUGCCUUUGCUUCCCUGACGGUCGGGACGAAAUAUCUGUCAAGACAAUUGAGUGCUAUUUUCACGUGUCCAGCCAUUGUCGAGCAACAUGGAAGAAAUAGCUGAAUAUUUUAACGAAAAGAUGCGAGCACGCUCCGACAGCAUGGCCAGCACCGGCACACAGUCCACUAGCAGCCGUCUGCAUGUGCGACAGCGUCUGGCGAUGCUCAUGACCUGCGUGGACGAUCUGGACCCUGACGAUAAACUGGACGCGCAGGUAGUUAAAACGUUAGAUGGGGCUUUUCUCGUCUGCAGGCAGAUUGCGGCCCCACAUAAGAAAGACCAGUUCAGGCUGUAUGUUGUCACGUGGAAUGUGGGCACAGCUGAGCCUCCUGAAGAUGUGAACUCUCUGCUUCAGCUCAGCUCCCCGAAGAAACCCGACAUCUAUGUGAUAGGUCUGCAGGAGGUGAAGGCUGCACCUCUCAAGUUUGUCACAGAUCUGGCCUUCGAGGACUCCUGGAGUCAUCUCUUCAUGAACACUCUGGCCCCUUUGGGUUAUAUCAAGGUGUCCUCAAUACGGAUGCAGGGUCUACUCUUGCUUUUCUUUUCCAAGCUGGAACACAUCCCCUUUAUCAGAGACACUCAGGUCACUUACACCCGCACAGGGCUGUACGGUUACUGGGGUAAUAAAGGAGGCGUGUCUAUCCGUCUGUCCCUCUACGGUCACAUGCUCUGCUUCCUGAACUGUCACCUCAGCGCCCACAUGAACUACGCCUCUCAGAGGGUGGAUGAGUUUGAGUAUAUUCUGGAUGCUCAGACCUUUGACACCAAAAACUCACCGCACAUUUUGGACCACAAGGUUGUGUUCUGGUUUGGGGAUUUGAAUUUUCGUAUCGAGGACCAUGGUAUGCUCUUUGUAAGGAACUGCAUCACCAGCCAGCGUUUCAGUCUACUUUGGCCUAAAGAUCAGCUCACCAUGAUGAAACAGAAGGAAGCUACUUUGCAGAAGUUUGAAGAGGGACCUCUCGACUUUCAGCCCACCUAUAAAUUUGACUUGCGCUCGGAUAACUACGACACAAGUGGUAAGAAACGCAAGCCUGCGUGGUGUGACAGGAUCCUCUGGCGAGUGAAGCCCAAGUCCUUGCCGCCGGAGGAUAUUGAUGAAGACGGUCACAAUGAAGAGGAUCCAAAGAAACAACUGGAGGGGGAACUUGAGGAUGAGUUCCCUCUGAAAAUGACCCAGGACUAUUACACAAGUAAAAUGGAGUAUGGCGUUAGCGACCAUAAACCUGUCAUUGGCAUCUUCCGCUUGGAGUUGAGAAAGAUGUACGAGACGCCACUGGUGCAGGUCUGUGCUGAAGGAGAGUGGAGUGCCGACUUCGACGCCCUCAUAACCUACAGACUUCUUCAGUCCUUUCCCUCCAGUGCCUGGGACUGGAUCGGUUUAUAUAAGGUUGGUUUUAAAAGUGUUUCGGACUAUAUCACGUACACUUGGGUGAAGGAUGACCAGGUGUCUGUCAAUGAUGAGCUCUUUCAGGUUUAUGUGAACAAAGAUGAAAUUCCAGUUCUUGGGGGAGAAUGUGUGCUGUGCUAUUACAGCAGCAACCUGCAUUGCAUUGUGGGUAUUAGUCAGCCUUUCAAGGUGCAGGAAUCCAGAGCGGCGAUUGAAGAGGGUUUAGUGCCUGAAAAUAUCAAUGGACUUGAUGAAACAGUUGCCAGUUAAGACCAAGACAAAGAUGUCAAACCAAACAUACCUGUGGAUUUAAGCAAGUGCAAUUUUAAUCCAAAAUUGGGCUUUUAUUUGUAUGUGAUACAGUAUUGUUUUUUUUCUUUUUUUUUCCUCUUUUAACCAGGAAAUAUUAUAAAUCACAUCCAGUAUAUUUUAAAUUGUAGCCAGUUGGUGGGACCUGUCCCAAAUAGAUUGUGGUAUUCUAAGUAAGCAUAUUUAAAUCAAAAACAGAUGUUACAAAUUAAGAAAAGCAUACCAGUAAUGUAAUUUAUUUAAUUAUUUGAUUAAUUAAUUCACACCACAGCCUUACUAUUACCACAUUCUCUUAAAUCAUUCAGUCUGCGUUUAACUUUUUCAAAAAAAUGUUUUGUUAUUUGUCAAAAUUUCAAUGUUUACUGUUACUGCUUAUGUUGUCUUUGUUUCCAUUUCAUUCAAACUUAAUGCAGACCGUUACACUGUUAAGAAAAGGCUGCAUUUGCACAAUUUAAUUGAGUACUUUUAUGGCACUUGUUUACUUUAUGUGGAUCUAUUUAUGACUGUAACUCAUACUGAAGUGGUAUUAUUAUAUUGUUUGUGUCUCACUGAAAUUGAGCGUGAAUAACUGAAGGAUGUUCUGAAAUAGUUUGACCAAUUCUAUUUUUGUGGUCAGUACAAUUUGAUAUUACUUUCAUUUUAAGUAUAAACAGACUGUACAGAAUGUUUAAACGGUAAACAGAUAUUCCCUCUUUUGGCUUAAGAAUGUGUUUAUUUAAUGUUUGACUAAUGCUAAUGUAUAAAUAGAAUAUAUUUGUAUCAGAUUAUACUGUAUAAAAGGUAAAAUACUGUAAGAAACAAAAUUUCUCUGUAAACAAAAGUUUUUAUUUUCUAAACAACUACAAAUGCAUACUGUUGACAUGAAAUAAAUGCUAUUUAAAAUAAAAUUUAAUAAUAAAAAAACGAGGUUGUGAGGGAUAAA